AUGACCUCCAACUUCGCGCAAGCGCAACAGCGCCUCGCCGCCCGCCAACAGGCCCGCGAAGCCGAGAACGCCGCCCGCCUCGCCGCCCAGCGCGCCGACACCUCGACAUCCCGCGCCGCACGCACGCGAGCCCAGCUCGACCGCCUCCCCUUCCCCUUCGCCCGGCUCAACACGGCAUGGGACGCCGUCUCGUCCCGCGAGGGCACGCGGCCGGCGUUCCGCGUGGGCCAGGUGGACGCCGAGCUGCUCGACGAGGAGCUCGUCGACCUGCUGCGCGACCAGGUCGGCGAGGCGCUCAAGUACUUUGCCGGCGGGCACCUCAAGGACGACUGGUCGGCCGAGAUCAUGCUGGCGCUGCGGGCCGUGCUAUUCAAGCUCACCGUCUGGGACCACGACGCCACGUACGGCGCCGCGCUGCAGAACCUCCGCUACACAGACGCCAGGAGCACGAGCCCCGUGCUCGUGCCGCCGUCGCCGCUGCAGAAGACGGCCUACGGCCUCGUCACCGUCUUCGGCAAGUACGCCUGGACGAGGUGGGAGGACUGGCUCGUCGAGCGCGACGACGGCCACGACGAGCCGAGCCCGCGCAUCCGACUGCUGGCGCGCCUCACCGAGCGCCUGUCGACGCUCCACGCGGGCGCCGCGUGCCUGUCGUUUCUCGUCUUCCUCCUGCACGGCCGGUACCGGACGCUCCUCGACCGCCUGCUGCGCAUGCGCCUCGCGCCGCCGACGAGCCAGGUCAGCCGCGAGGUCUCGUUUGAGUACCUCAACCGCCAGCUCGUGUGGCACGCCUUCACCGAGUUCCUCCUCUUCGUGCUGCCGCUCGUCGGCAUCCACCGCUGGAGGCGGUGGUUCGCCCGCACGUGGCGCAAGACAAAGGGCAUCAUGCAGACGCACGGCGGCGGCGGCGACGACGACGGCGUCAAGAGGGGCGAGUUUGCCUUCCUCCCCGAGCGCACGUGCGCCAUUUGCUACCAGGACCAGAACACGCUGGCCACCGAGAACGAGAUCAUGGCGGCCGCGGCGUCGAGCGGCGUUGUCGGCUCGGCGCAGACGGACAUAACGAAUCCGUACGAGACGAUGCCGUGCGGCUGCGUCUACUGCUUCGUCUGCCUCGCGACGCGGCUGGAGAGGGAGGAGGGCGAGGGCUGGACGUGUCUGCGGUGCGGCGAGCUCGUCACGGAGUGCAAGCCGUGGAGCGGCGACGUGCUGGAGACGCCGAAGAAGUCGCCGUCGUCCAAGGUUGUGGCCUUUUCGGACGAAGUAGACGACGCCGUCAUGGUGGACGGUGCACACGAUGAUACCGCGUCAUCUGUGGGCGACGAGUCGGCGCGCUUUGAUGAGGCCGAGACGCACGAAUGA